GCUGAGUACAACAAUCUGGCAACGUUGCUGGUCACUGGGAGCAGCAGACCUUUAAUGCGCGGCGGCCGUGACUCUGAAGGUCGAUUUUCUGAUAAUAAGUGAUAAUGUUCCGGCUGGCAGGUACCCCUCGUCACUAGCUGGUAGCGGGACACUCAGAGCCUCAGUGUGCUCAGGGUCUCUUGGCAGUGAGUGGAGGAGCCUGCCUGUCCACAUACACAAGAUCCCUCGUCAUGGCAGCCAGUCCAUCCUUCUACGAGUUCAGCGCAAAGGACAUCGACGGCAAUGAGGUGUCCAUGGAGAAGUACAAGGACCGCGUGUGCAUCGUGGUCAAUGUAGCGAGUAAGUGAGGCAAGACGGACGUGAACUACACCGAACUGGUGCAGCUUCACGAGAAGUAUGAGCCUCAGGGCCUCAGCAUCCUGGCCUUCCCCUGCAACCAAUUUGGAGGCCAGGAGCCGGGCACGGAGGCGGAGAUCAAGAAGUUCGCUGAGGGUUACGGGGUGAAGUUCGAUAUGUUCUCCAAGAUUAAGGUCAACGGGAGCGACGCCCACCCCCUCUGGACCUUCCUCAAGAGCAAGCAGGGCGGGACGCUGGGCAACUUCAUCAAGUGGAAUUUCACCAAGUUCCUGGUCGACCGAAAUGGCAACCCCGUAUCCCGCUACUCCCCUCAGACUAACCCCAUUCCAAGCAUCGAAAAAGACCUGACCAAGCUGUUAUAGAUGUGCUAGACGUCAGUAAGGGGGUUUUGUGGGGGGGGAGUGACAGGUUUGCAGGCUGACACUUCCUUCUCCCCUAUCCCCUUCAAGGCAGUAGGGGCUGAGAGGGCAGAGGAGAGUCCUCAUGAAAGUUGGUGGGCAAACUUGACAGCCAAGACCCAACGACUGGAAGAUCUGUUCUCUCCUUGUUUUGCUCAGUUCCCGCGGCCACGUCUCUGCACUCACAGCAUUGCAGCUUCUACUCAGUCCAUAUACUCUUAGCAUUUCUUAGACCGUGCCAUUACGUGACCCCAAAGCAGGUACUCCUAGUCGUUUUGUGUUGUAAGGCAGCAUUUAUUUCUGUACUACUACGCCUUUUGCUCAUUUCUCCCCAAGUAAAAUUUGUAUAUUGAAGUAGCAUGAAUAAAAAUGGUAAUAUGUC